AUGGCGCAAGAAGAAGUAGUCAAAGGGAAACCGCUCAAUGAGCUCCUCACCCACUCCCUCGUCGACAUUUAUGUCGGCCCCGACAAUCACCACUGGCCCCUCCACGAAAAACUGCUCACCACCCGCUCCGCAUUCUUCUCCCAGCUCUUCCGCACCACCACCCGCUUCGGCCUCCCCGACGACAGCGACGCAGCCUUUAAGCUCUUCGUCGGCUGGCUGUACUCCGGCCGGAUCCCGCCGCCGACGAAAGAAAGCGAGCUGACCGAGCUGCUGGAACUCGCGCUCAUGGGGGAGCGGUGGGCGAUUGCGGGGUUGGUGAGAGAGGUGUUGGAGACGGUUCGGGGGUGGUAUGCACGCACGGACACGUAUCCUGGGUUGAGGCGGGUGCAGUAUGUGUAUGCGAACACGGAGGUGGAGAGUCCGGUAAGGGCAAUGAUGGUGGGGGCGGUGGCGAGAAUGUUGGCGUUGAGGGAUCCAGGGGAGGGGAUACCGCGGCAUUGGGAGAAGGCGUUGAGGAGGGAUGGGGAGUUGGCGGUGGAGAUCAUCGUUGCAAUUCAGGGGUGGCGGUUGGGGGAGUUGGUGAGUGGUGAGGAGAAGGUUCCGGAUACGAGGAGGGGGGUCGCUGGGAUGAGGGAGAAGGAGAGUGUGAAGAAGGUGGAGAGGCUAGAGGAUAAGGCGGAGGACAAGGUUGGGAAGAUUGAUAUCGGUGACAAGAAGGAAGAUCUGGAAAAAGAUGUCAGAAGCGAAGGCGAAGACACUAUGAUGGAAUUGACACCCGAAACAUGUUCUCGCCGGGCCACCGGGUUCCCCGUCAGGAUCGCUCCUGAUGGUAGAACAUCCGUUGCAAAUGCAAGUGCGCUAGCAAAUGAAACCAAGAGCACAUUGGGACGACUAGAGCUCUGGACAGAUGGGGCGCAGGGAAUUGGAAGAGGGACUGUCAGGUCUUAG